GCUUUUUUUCCUGAGUGUUGUGUGUGGCCAAAAAAAAAAAAAAAAAGAGAAAAAAAAAAAAAAAAAAGUUCGUGGCGGGCCAAGUGAUCCAGGCGCUCUGCAGGCUGCAGGGAGGGCGGUGGGGGAAAGAAGGAAAAAGUUGCCUUUGUUGCUCGCGAGCUCUUAAUUACCUUGAUGUGAUUAAGGGCAGGCGGCGGAGGAAGGAGGCGCCGGCCGAGGGGGGGGUCCGAGCGGCUCGGGCGGGCUGCGGGGCUCUCCCCGGAGCGCGGGGGGCGGCCCCCCCCCCCCUCCGCCCCUCUUCCUCCUCCUUCCUCCUCCUCCGGCGGUUGCCAUGGUGCCGCGGCCCGGCGUGCUGUGGGCAGUGGCGGCGGCGCUGGCGCUGCUGGCGCGGCGGGCGGCGGCGGGGCCGGUGGUUCGGUGCGAGCCCUGCGACGCCCGGGCGCUGCAGCACUGCAGGCCCCUGCGGCCCGACUGCGCCGAACGCGUGAGGGAACCGGGCUGCGGCUGCUGCUUCACCUGCGCCCUGCGAGCCGGCCAGCCCUGCGGCAUCUACACCGAGCGCUGCGGCGCCGGGCUGGGCUGCCAGCCGCGGCGGGAGGAGGCGCGGCCGCUGCAGGCGCUGCUGGAGGGCCGCGGGCUCUGCACCAACGCCACGGCGGGCGGCAAGCUGCGGGCGUUCCUCCUGCCCGGACCGCAUGCUGCAGGAAAUUCCAGUGAUUCCGAAGAAGAAGACCGGAGUGCCAGCAGCAUAGAAAAUCAGGCCAUCCCCAACUCUCACAGGGUGCCGGAUACCAAAUCGCAUCCACCGCACAUCAAAAUAGAUAUUAUCAGGAAAGUGCAAGCCAAAAAUACGCAGCGCUAUAAAGUGGAAUAUGAUUCUCAGAGUACGGAUACACUGAAUUUCUCUUCUGAAUCCAAACAAGAGACUGAAUACGGUCCCUGUCGUAGAGAAAUGGAAGACACUUUAAACCACCUAAAGAUCCUGAAUGUCUUGAGUCCCAGGGGCUUUCAUAUUCCAAAUUGUGACAAGAAGGGGUUCUACAAGAAAAAGCAAUGUCGCCCAUCCAAAGGCCGAAAAAGAGGUUACUGCUGGUGCGUGGAUAAGUACGGACAGCCGCUUCCCGGGUACGAUGGGAAGGGGAAGGGGGAUGUCCACUGCUACAACUUGGAAAGCAAAUGAGGGCGGGGUGCCAGCUCUUCUGGCAUCUGUGCGUGGCCACCGGACCUCGCAGGGACCCCGGGGGGGCUGGGCAAAGGCCGCGGGCUGCGCUGGGCGCGGAGGACCGAGCUCUGCCUCCCGCAGCAGGCGGCUGGGGAGCCACCAGCCUCCACGGGCACUGGGCUUCCCGUGGGACACGCAGGGAGCUCCGAAUCCCGACGUCAACCUGCACUAUUGACACCCAGAGAGAGAAGAACGAGAGGCACUUCGGAAUGGAUUCAGGGAGUCUCCACUGACUUUUUAAAGAACAGCCUGUGACCAAUCUGAUCCCGAAAGAUACUGGGUUUUUUUUUUCAAUUGUAAAGAAUUUAUAGAUUGUAAGCUUGUAAAAGUAUUUAAAAAAAAAAAAACAAAAACAAAACAAACAAAAAAAAAAUAAAAACAAAACAAAAAAAAAAACCACAAGGAUUUAAAGGUUAAGCAUUUUUUUACAGGUCUGAGGGGAAACUUCACGGGUAAAAAAGUUUUAUAAAAAAAUCUCGAACUUUUUAAAGAAACGUAUUUCUAAAAUAAAGACAUGGGUAUUUUUUUCUGUAAAAUAUAUUAUGAAUAUUCUGUUAGUCUGUAUUUAAUAUAAUUGUUUUUUAAUAAACCUUAUUUAAAUGUCACAUGUGAAUACCAAAUACUACACAAUAAUUCUAGUGUAUACUUCUGUAUGCAAAGAGAAAGUUAAGGGUAUGGAAUGAUUUACAAAUAUGUAUAGAUCCAUAUGCAUACUCGCUGACCUAUUCUAGAUAAUAGAAAUGAAUUUGUGGAGCAAAGGAAGUGUUUCCAGAAGAUACUAAGUUUUGUUGUUUGAAGUAACUACACAUACCAAGAUAAUAUUUUUUUUCUAAUUUUUUUUUUUAUUGGUAUUUCUAAUGUACCCAUUACUGAAUUAUGCCACUGGAAAGGAUAACAGUUGCACUGAAGCUCUCAGUAAAGCAUUCUUCUGUCUGUCCUUCGCUUCAGUUUGUGCAACAGGGCUUACAUUUCCUGCUCUCACACCAAUAGAGAAUAUUCAUGGACGAAAGAUUGCCAUUACAGUACCACCCUUUCUAUUUGCUUAUUUAUUUUGAAAAGCUGUAUCUAUUCUGUGUUGUACACUCUACCAAAGCACAUAUUCUGUAUGAGGAACUCCUGUUUGUGACAGUGCUGACAAGAUGGGGGGGAUGGUGGACCUGGGUGUUGAGACCCAUGUGCUUCAUUUACGCUGCACACAAUUGUUGCUUGCUUUGACUUUGGUAGAAAUUAUUUGCCUGCAUCUAAGCAUAGAGUAAGAACCAUCAGGUUUAAAUAUUUAAACCAAGUGUUCUGCCAUGAUAUUAUACGUCCUUUUAAUUGGAAGGGAAGGGAUUUGGUUUUGUGCUGGUAUGUGAUGCUUUCACAUAAGGAAGACUUUGGCAACUUUUUUUUUUUUUUUUUUUUUUUGAGGCUGAUUGUUUACUGAACUUCAUGACAAAUUCUGUAUGACAAUGAAAUCUGGAUAAGGAAAGGUGGCUUGUGAAAUGUAACAUCUCUCUGGAAAGUAAUGCCAUAUUUUGUAUAUUUAUUUAUAUAUUUUAUAUAAAUAUUUUAUAUAUUUAUAUAAAUAUAUAAUAUAUUCUUAUAUGUGUCACUAUAAAUGUUUGAUGUCACUGUAGAAAAAAGAAACGAUCAGCGCUGUUAUUUCCUGUUGGGUUGGGAACUGAGGGCAGUGGGUUUCCAGCCUCUGGGACCAGGGCUUGUGCUGAUGGAGGGGAGACUGGGGGGCCGAGGAGCCCAUUCCUCUCCUGCCCCAUGAAUUGCAACCACCCUUGCUCCUGCCAGCAAUGGAAAAUGUCUUGAAACUCUGACGUGGAAAGGUUUGGAUAUGCAGCUUGCCAGGAUUGAGGCAGCCAGUCACCUUAAUGAGAUGUUUAAAGCUGUACCCUGAAAUGUAUUAGCUGAACAGCCCUGUGUGUAUUCUUGCACAUCUUCCUAAUUUCUACCUAAUGAGUUCAUAUCAUCGUUAAAACUGAAUUUUUUUAACCUUAAAGAGUAAGGAAAAAAAGUGUACGUGAAGUGAUGCUUACUCCAGGCUAAUGCAGAUUUCCUGACAGAUGGCUACAGAAAGCUUUGUGAGGUCAAGAUUCAUUGCAAUACUUUAACUGCUAAUGCAAUUGUAAUGCCUGCAAAGAUUUGUUGGCAAAAAAAAAAAAAAUAAAUGCUGAGCCUUUUUUUUUUUUCUAAAGUUGUAAACCAGUUCCUUUCAAAUAGUUUCACAGAGGGAAGAAAGUUAUAUAUACACCAAUAGCUGGUCAUGUAACCAUACAUAGGAAAAUAAGGGUUGGAUUCAUGAAAGUGAGAUAGUAUUUCACCUUGUGGGUUUUUUUUAAUUGCUAUCUCAUGAGCCUUCUGAAAGAGAAAAACAGCAUCUCACCGAAAAGGUAGAUAGCUGCCUUGCAAGGCACAUUUUGCCAGUAUGCAAAGAAAUGCUGUAACAGCCUGUGGCGGUAUUUCUGUUUGGUGUAUUUUGUCAAGUUUUUAAGCUUUUUAUGUUUUGCCCUACCCUUAAAAACAAAUCAACAUAGAAGAAGCUGGCUAGGACCUUGGGUGAUACUCUGAUCUGUGCAGAGCACCAUCUUUGAGUUCCUUGAGAUGUAGUAUUUUUUUCAAAAAUAAACUGACUGAAGCAAGCGAUCUCCCA